CCUGACAACGGAUGGAUGUGUGGGGUAAAUGUAAGAAAGGAGUCAAGGAUGACGCUUAAGUUGCAAAUUUGGGUGAUAAGAAGGAUGAUGGCACCCUGGACUGCAAUAGGAAAGCAGGGAAGUAAGGUAGAGGAUGGCAAAGUGUGGAAAAAAAUACAAUGAAUUCUGUUUUGGCCACACUAGUUUUGAGAUGCCUAGGGACAUGCACUUCACAAUGUCCAAAAGGCAGUUAGUGUGACAGGACUGGAGUUCAGGAGAGAGACAAAGAAUGGAUAUAAAUAUGGGAAUCAUCCGUAUAAUCACUUUUGAACUCAUGGAAAUGGAUGAGAUCACCGUGGGAGAUGGUAUGAAGAAAAUUGGACUCAGAACAGAGCCUUCAGUAAACACGUGGUUAAAGUGAUACGGAUGAAGAUGCAGCGAGAGACUGAGGAGCAGACAUAUAGGAGAACUAGAAAGUAGCAAUGUCAUGAAAACCUAGUUAGCAAUUAAAGGUUUCAUUGAUGACUUUGUAGUUUCAAUUAAAUGAUGUCAGAAACCAAAUUGCAGAGGGUUUAGAAAAAAGUGAAAGCCGAAGCAUCCAGUGUAUAGGUCUUUCUCAAGGAAUAUAUUCAUGGAGAGUAAAGAUGGAGCACAUGUUUACUGGGGAUGGGUGGAGAGUGAAGGCUGCCAUGACCUUAAAUUCUAAAUAGGAAGAAUUCACCACAUAAGGAAUCACAUUGCCAAGACUGAAAUUAUGAAGUUACCAAAAAAGUGGCAGUGAGGAAUAAAUCGGGAAGGUGGUUAAAGAGACAGAUGUGGAUACACAGGGUACUCAUUGAUCAAAUCCAGAAUAAUUGAGAAAAAAAAUUUUUUUUUUGCAUUUUGCAGGAAAAACCUUAGGUUGGUUAGGAUAGGGUGGAUGGGUAUGGGCAAGUUGAGGAGGGCCUGGUGACGAAUUCAGGGGCCUUGACUUAGCAUUCCCAGGGUUUUGAAUGCAUUUUAAUACAUUCCAUAAAUGUUUGUUGAACACAAUGGAAAUGAAUCGGCAAGAAUCGGCCGGCAAAGUGAGAGAUCUGAUGAAUCCUCCCAACCUACAGCGCCCCGCCUCCUUCCAGCCGGAAGCGCCACUCUAGCCAAACUUCCCGCGGCGCGCCUCGAUGGUAAGGCGGUCCUCCGGUUAGACCACUGGGCGCCGCCAUGUUGGAAACCCCGAGCGACGGCGGCGUCCCGAGCCAUGGCGGCGCCCGAGCUGCUGGAGGUGCGGCCGGGACUCUAUCUGGGCGGGGCCGCUGCCACGGAGCGAAGCCGGCUGAGGGAGGCCGGCGUCACGGCCGUACUCACGGUGGACACCGAGGAGCCGAGAGGCGACGACGAGGGCCUGCAGACCCUCUUUAUCUCUGCGCGGGACGAGCCCGAGACGGACCUGCUCAGUCAGUUGGACCGCUGCAUCGCCUUCAUCGGCCGGGCGCGCGCCGACGGCGUCGCCGUGCUCGUGCACUGCCAUGCAGGCAUAAGUCGAAGUGUUGCUGUCAUGACUGCUUACCUAAUGAAGACUGAGCAGCUCCCCUUUGAAGAUGCCUAUGGCAACCUCCAGACCGUCAAGCCAGAGGCUAAAAUGAAUGAGGGCUUUGAGUGGCAACUGAAACUUUACCAGGCAAUGGGUUGUGAAGUGGACACCUCUAGUGCAAUUUAUAAGCAGUUUCGUUUACAAAAAGUUACUGAGAAAUAUCCUGAAUUGCAGAAUUUGCCACGGGAAGUCUUUGCUGUUGAUCCAACUCUGAUUUCCCAAGAAUUGAAAAAUGAGAUCCUCUACAAAUGUAGGAAGUGCAGGCGUUCUUUAUUUCGAAGUUCCAGUAUUUUGGAUCACAAUGAAGGAAGUGGACCAGCAGCCUUUGCUCAUAAGAAAAUGACACCUUUAAUAAUUAACACAGGGAAUGAGGCUAAAUGUACUUCUUAUUUCAUUGAACCUGUUCAGUGGAUGGAAUCUGCAUUGUUGGGUGUGAUGGAUGGACAGCUCCUUUGCCCAAAGUGCAGUGCUAAGUUGGGUUCUUUCAAUUGGUGCGGCGAGCGGUGUUCCUGUGGCCGGUGGAUGACGCCUGCUUUUCAAAUACAUAAGAACAGAGUAGAUGAAAUGAAAAUAUUGCCCCUUCUUGGGUCACAAGCAAGAAAAACAUAAACUUUUUAAAAAAAAAUUGAUUUUGAUAACUGACUUAAAAACCAAACUUUAUUAUAUCUGAUGCCUUUGUUCAUUACUAUUCAUCAUAAACAUUUUAAUUUAUAGGCAACCACAAUUUUUGAUUAUAUUUGCAUUGGAAUUGGCAUAAGGAAAUACAUCCCUUCAUGUGGUCUGCCUCAUUAUAUUGUCUUUCUUGGUCAUGGAUAUAGAAUGUGCCAAAUGCAUCUAAGUGGAAUAAAUUAAAUGGGAACUAAGGUAUUUUUUAGCCACUUAAACCGUGUGUGUGUGUGUGUGUGUGUGUAUAUGAACAUAUAUGUAUGUGUAUAUAUACAUAUGCAGUUUGGUAUUAAAACUCCUAUAUUGUCCAGAUA